GCGGCAGGGGCGGGUGGGCGUCGGCCCCACACCUCGGAGGCUCCCUCCGGCCCCCUCCCUAGGACGCCAAUUAAGGGUCCUCCACGCUAAUCGCUGCGGUUGACACGCUCUGGCCGCCUCGCCUCCCUCCGGAAGCCUUUGUCCCCUUAAUUGGCUAUCUCCAGGCGCUUUUCUCUGCACCUGCCCACGCGCCCAGCCCGGAUCCCAGGUCCAGCUAUGUGGUAAUUGGGCACUGGAUGGGGAGGGGGCGGUGCGCAGAAAGCCCCCUCCCCUCCCUGCCCCAUGCCUGCCUAUAUCAGCCCCUCACCUGCUGGCCCCUCAAACCGCGGGGCACAGAGAGAGGUCUUGUCCUGUCCCAGGGCCCCACCUCCAUACUCCCCACCCCACGCCUCGGCCGUGUCCACCUGCGCCUCUUCUGCUCCAGCCAUGCACCCCGGCGUACCCGCAGCCCCCGAGGUCUCCGAGCCCGGCCCCAGGGAGCUGUGUGCCUUCGUGAGCGGGGCGGCCGCCCACAUGCUGCGGGCCCUGCAGCCCCGGCGCUCUAAGCCCCCCAAAAGGAGGCCCAACCACAGACGGUUCCUGCACAACCAGAUCUGCAGGCAGUUCGCCAUGAUCGAGGCGGCCACGCAGCGCCUGGCCCUGUCCAUCUUGUCCCAGGAAGCGCCACCCCAGAGACCGCCACCCCGAAGGCCGCCCCCACCCCCACCGUCCCCCUUCCUGGGGGUGGCCUGCGCCGAGGCCCCCACGGAGGGGCCCCACGCCAGCCCCAGCCUGAGCCUCGCCGCCCUGGACGCCGCCACCCUGGACCUCUUCGAGGACAUCACACUGGCCCCAGAGAGCCCCGCCCCUCCGCUGGCCGCAGCUGGGCCGGUGCCACCUGCCCCUGCCGCCCUGACCCACACCCAGCAUGCCCUGGAGGGAGCGGCCUGGGGCUGGGCGGACAGGUGGGAAGUGCCCUGUGCCUGGGAUUCGCCCGGGGUCCUGGACGGCUGGGGGGCCUGCUGCCCCUGA